CAGAAAAUUGUCUGGCUCAGUGUGAUAAUGACUGCAAAGCUUACUGCUGUGAUGGGACUACUCCCUACUGCUGUUCGUAUUAUGCCUACAUUGGGAACGUCCUUUCAGGCACAGCAAUAGCUGGAAUUGUGUUCGGGAUAGUAUUUAUAAUGGGAGUGAUUGCUGGGAUUGCCAUCUGCAUCUGCAUGUGCAUGAAGAACAACCGUGGGACUCGAGUCGGGGUUAUCCGAACGACGCACAUCAACGCUAUCAGCACGUACCCAGUGGCUCCACCACCAUACAGUUAUGAAUACGAAAUGGAGUACCCAGCUGACCUACCUCCACCUUAUACUCCAACGGCACAGAAUUCAAUACAAUAUCCCCCGCCCCCUCCUUACCCUGGAUAUUCUGGGAAAUAA